AGAGAGACGGUGAUAAAAAGUGCCUGUGGCUGCGCGCGCUCCUCCUCGGACCGCCGGGGAGUCGCGCGACGAGGCUGGACGGCACGUGCGACCCGAGGACUCCCACUUUUGUUGCUUUGUUUAUAUUUAUUAAUCUUCUUUAGGGUGAGUCAGGCCGCGCCGGUGGGAAGAAAGGUGGAAGUGAACUAUUCAUUGACUUCAGAGCGAUGAACUGGCAGAAUGGCCAAGUGGUUCAAGGAGCACCUGGGAUUCAAAACUACCAAAGCACCCCCUCCGGCGCCUCCGAAGCCGGACUACAGACACUGCCACACCGGUGUGCCCGGCACUCCCGGCUUCCAGCAAACACCCAGCGGCUUCCCGAGCUCCGCUCAGCCGGACAUCCUCACUGCGUACAAACUCCAAAAAGAGCUGGACUUCGAGGACCCUUACACUCCAGGUGGAAAUGUCUCCUUCAACUCGAGCUUGAUCACUGCGCCGUCGUCCGACAUGAAGUAUGUGUCGCCCAAACACCGACUCAUCAAGGUGGAAACGACCGAAAAGAGCCCAGCUCCGGGCGGGGGAGUCACCGUCACCCAGGCUGUAGCUGCAGGGAGCGUUAAGUCUCCCACUCCGUCCGAGCACGAGAAUAAGGAAAAGCUGAUUAUUCUUGAAGAUUAUGCAGACCCUUUUGAUGCUGAGCAGGCUGGUGGUGCUCAGACUACCACAGAGAAAGUGACAACUGAGAACGACGGCUACAUGGAGCCAUACGAGGCCCAGAAGAUGAUGGCAGAAAUCCGGUCUGGUGGCCGAGGCCCUAAAGAUGGAUCUGUGAAGCAGCUGCCCCUGUACGACACGCCGUACGAGCCAGCCGAGAACGGUGGGGAUUCUGACCCCGAGCGCUUACGCUGUCCCAGAGAGAGCCGACUGCCUCAAGAUGACGAGCGACCCCCCGAGGAGUACGACCAGCCGUGGGAGUGGAAGAAGGAGAGGAUUUCUAAAGCCUUUGCAGCUCUGCUUUGUUAUGACUGCAUUAGCUACGAGGGCUCUAUAAGUGGCACUGGAUCAGGUCCCGACGGAAGAAAGGACUGCACUUCUAAAUCCCUCACAGUCCAAUUCGAUGAUAUGGAAAAAUGUCGGAUGUCACCCACAAAGGAUGGGAAAACCCGCCCUCUGCAGCGCCAUUCAAGUGGCUGUCUGGUCAACACCAAAAUGACUUCACUGGACCACAGCAACUCCUCUCUGGGGGAGAGGAUUGACCCCACGAUGUCUCUGGAAAGCCAGUUCUGGUAUCAUGGAGCCAUCAGCCGGACAGAUGCAGAGUCUUUGCUCAGCCUGUGCAAGGAAGCCAGCUAUCUUGUAAGAAACAGUGAAACCAGCAAGAACGACUACUCCCUCUCACUUAAGAGCAGCCAGGGCUUCAUGCAUAUGAAGCUGUCUCGAACGAAGGAGAACAAGUACAUCCUGGGUCAGAACAGCUGCCCUUUUGACAGCGUGCCUGAGAUCAUCCACUUCUACUCCAGCCGCAAGCUGCCCAUCAAGGGGGCCGAACACAUGUCCUUGCUCUACCCUGUAGCCAUCAGGACACUAUAGUGCUCCAGGUCAUGUGCAGGUGUCUAUCCCUACAGAACUUUCUGGGUCACCUGGUGGCCCUACACUUCAUGUUCCUCUGAGCAGAACCCCCAUCAUGGGAACAGCAACAGUGGCAACUGAAACCACUGGUCCUGGCCCACCUCGUCGGCCAACAGAUUCUAAACCUGUUUUGAAG